UAAUCUAACCUAACUUUCAUGUUAUGCAAUAACUGUCAAAAAUCAAGUUAAAACUUUAACCAAAAUUUACAAAUUAUUGUGAAAAAAUAUUGCUAUGCCUCCUCCAAAAGUACGGCUGCACGAUGUUAAUCCGUUUCUGCAAGCUAUCAGAGAUUUUCUGCUAGGCAGAAAACAUACCUUAGCUCUGAGAUUUCAAAAUGUACUUGCAACAAGAUCUCCUCCACCUCCUAUUUUGCCAGAUGGCCCCAGCCAUAAGUUAAGUGGAAAUUACUAUUUUACGAGAGAUGCAAGACGUGAAGUUUCUCCUCCCGAUGUCAUAGCUCCAAUUCCUAAACAGAUUGAAGCAGGUGGGACUUCCUCCGUUAAAAGAAUUGCUCCAGGAAAAGUUUAUCAGUGGGACUGAUUACUAGACUUUAAUAACUUUGUAGUGAGUGAAUAAUUUUAUUUAAAUGUAAAAAUUAGGAAAAAUAUAUUGUAGAGAAUUUUAUUUACAUAAUUAAAUUUCUCAAUCAUUGAUUUAAGUUUUAUAUCUAGAAGCUACAAUUUUAACAUAUUCUUUAUAAUUAAUUUAGUUAUCUUAA